AAUGCAUCUCUUGGGAAGGAUUCUGGGAAUAUUAGUGAUUCACUUUCUGAUGAUGAAGUCGGAAUUCUGAAGCCCAUAGGCCAUAACACUUGCAUAUCCAGUGAGCGGAGUAGAAUACAUGAUGUAGCAAACUGUGUUUCAGCUGAUCUAUACAAAGACUGUAGGAGUUCUGCAUUUAAGACUGAUUCACUUAAGAAAAUGCAAGCAGUAAAAGAUGCCUAUACGUUACAAUUAGCUUCUGAAUCUGUUCAAUUUGCUACUGGUAGUCCUCUUGCGGAGUUUGAGAAACUUCUUCAUUCUGCUUCCCCAGUCAUUGCCCAGAGAUACAGCAUUCAGCAAUGUCAAACUUGCUGGCUAGAGCGCGUUGGUGCUUCCCUGUGCACGCAUCAAAUGCCAAAUGUGCCUUUGGGAGGCCUUUGGCAGUGGUAUGAGAAGCAUGGGAACUAUGGUUUGGAAGUUAAGGGAGAGGACUAUCUGAACUCAAAGAGAUUGAGUAUUGAUCGUUUUGAGUUCCGUGCCUAUUUUGUUCCAUUUUUGUCAGCAGUUCAGUUGUUUAGUAAAUGUAGGAAUCAUCCGAUGAAUAAUAGCACUGGGAUUUCCUCUCCUGAGGUCUCUGAAGCUUGUGAAAUGAAUGAAGCAUCAGAAAGUUCCUCACAUAUAGGCCAACAUCCGAUUUUUUCAGUACUUAUACCUGAACCUUACAGACAGGACGACAAAAGCUCAUCACAACCUGUGAGUCUAUCAUGUCUGUCAGAGUCUUCGUCAACACGUAUCAGAGAUUUGUUAAAUGAUCAUUCGUUUGGUUCUGCAUGCUGUGAUGAUCCUGAGCUCCUUUUUGAAUAUUUUGAAUCCGAGCGACCUCAACAAAGACGGCCAUUGUUUGAGAGGGUAAAAGAGUUGGUCAGAGGUGGAACUUCAAAUUGCCGAGCUUAUGGAGAUCCAACAAUGCUAAACUCCUUGGGUCUGCAUGAUCUGCACCCCUCUUCUUGGUAUUCUGUUGCUUGGUAUCCUAUUUUAUAG